AUGGUCACCUUGCCAUACAGAAUGCGCGACUCUGACUCCUUCACGACAAAACAAGUCACAUCGACUAAACAGGUCAGAUCGAAGCGCCGCUGUCUGUCAGUUGUUGCGGAGGAGGCGGUAGUUCCAAGGGCUCCUCCCGUUAUCGACUUUUCUCCCUUCUAUGGCAAUGAUCGAGCCAAUAAACAGCAGCUUGUUGAUCAAGUACGACAGGCUUGUCUGGAAAAGGGAUUUUUCCAAAUCGUAAACCAUGGAGUUUCUGAUGAACUCCAAACGGCCAUCUUCAAACAGUCUAAGAACUUUUUCUCCCUUCCAGCUGAAGAGAAGGUAAAACUUGAUAAAGCUCAACACCCAAACAAACUUGGCUAUGAGUGCUUGCGAUCCCAGAAUUUCGAAGGCAAAACCGCUGGCGAUCUGAAAGAGGGAUUCUUCAUCGGUCGAAAACUCCCUGCUGAUCAUAAAUAUGUCAGGGAAGGAAGAAUUCAUUGUGGUCAGAACGCGUAUCCACAAACCGUCUCUGAUCCAUCUCUCUUCGAAGAAACGGUGGAUCAGUACCAUGCGACAAUGACCGCACUGGCGGAAAACAUUCUCAGCGUCAUUGCUAUGACUUUGAACCUCAACGAGGAUUAUUUCCGAGAUUUCUGCAAUGAGCCUGCUGCUGUUCUCAGACUAUUGCACUACCCUCCACAAGCCCCUGACGCUGAUGAGAAUGAACGAGGGAUCGGAGCUCAUACAGACUUUGGCGGCAUAACAAUUCUUCUUCAAGACGAAAUUGGCGGCCUCCAAGUUUUUGAUGGUCUGACUCUCUCAUGGAUUGAUGUCAAACCAACGCCUGGAGCAUUUGUCGUCAACUUGGGCAAUGUCAUGAUGAGAUGGUCAAACGACCGUUACGUCUCGAACCUCCAUCGAGUCAUCAACAGCAGCGGUAAAGAGCGCUACAGUAUACCAUUCUUCUACUCAGGUAACCCAGACUUCAUGAUUGGAUGCCUUCCCGGGUGUGAAGACGGAUUAAGAGGGUCGAAGUACACCCCGAUGAAAGUUCAAGAUUGGAUUUUUGGACGGCAUACCAACACCUUUAAGGAAGCCAAAGGGUUGUCUGAGCUAUCAGCUCUAGCAAAGGUCGCUUAG